AUGGUAACUGCCUUUGCCCAAUCAUUUGUGGGUUUGACACAAUUAGAAAACCUGGAAUUAGAUGUCGGACCAAUUUUACUUCAAGCUCAUUCAUUCGAUAGUUUACCAUCUCUUAAAUUUUUCAAAAUUAAAGUAAUAGAAACUUUUCAAUACCUGAGUCAGGUAUUGGCACCUCUUUCAAAUUUAAAAACUAUUGAAAUCGUUGGAAAUCGUUCUGUGGGUAUUUGUCAAAAUAAAUUUUCAUCCAAAAUACCACAUUCGUUAACUGACAUUCGUUAUACAAAUAGUCCACUAACAGAGUUGCAAGCAAAUUCAAUGACUUGCAUUCCACAACUUGAAAAAUUCACGAUAACAAAUACUCAGCUGAGUACUAUCCAAGCUGGUGCAUUCAAAUCAAUGGAUAAUCUCAAAUACAUGAUAUCAGAUAAUGCUAGUCGUUUAAAAAAAUCAUACUCAUGUGAUUGGAGUGAGUAUGGUUAUUUUGAACUUUGCAAAAAACAGAAUAAAACUCUCAAUUAA